CGCCACUAACAUCUGACAGGGAUGCGCUCGGGCGCCCAUGACGUCACCCGGUCCUGGCGCUCCGGCACUCAGACCAGGGAUGCUCUGAAGGCAAGACUGCAGCAUCUUCCUCUCGCGGAGCGGCUCCCACCAGAUCGCAUCUUUCCUGCGCGUUUUCGUUUCCGGCGUUUCUCUGCAUCCCGUCCUUUUCUCCUCCAAACCCACCCGGCCCGUCUCUCAGCGCAGCCCCAUGCGAGAGCUCAGGACACAGCGGCACCAGCGUUUGCGCCCCAUCGCUCUCCCCUCGCUCGUACGCGCCUCCCUUGCCUCUUUGUGAGGGGCUCUCCGCCGCGCUAUCCGCAACGAUUUGCGCCUUCGCUUCCCGUCGUUCCGUCUGGCUCCCGAGCCGCAGGCAGCAGAGGAAGAGCGUCACUCCCGGGGAGAAAACGACCGCUGAACGGGGAGCCGCGGCACAGGUCGGGAAAUCUGCGAUCCAGCUCCGCGCUCCAGUCCGAAGAGGGGAGGUCGCGAUCGCGAAGCGCGCUGAGGCUGAGCCGUGUCAGAGGAAGACAGACGCAUUUCAUUCAUCGGAUUCCACUCAGACCUGACGUCUCUUCAAGGCAGCAAGAAGCAGCGCUGUUUAACAAAUAAGCCCGGCACUCUGCUGUUCUAGCACUGCGUCUUGAAGCGGAGGGUAGGCGAGCCCUGUGCGGGGAGAACCGCAGGUCCAGCUGCACAGCUUCCUAGAACACUUCGCUCGCGCCGGACUCUUGCCUCGCUUUGUCGCCGUGGGGAUAACUGGGGGUUCUCGCGUUUCUUUCGGGGGUCCCUGAGUGAAGCGACUAUGAAAAUGAUGGCCGGAGGGGCAGUCCAGCAGAACGGGAUUUUCUCGAAUUCUCACCACCACAGCCAGCAGCCCCACAUGGAGUCGGACCCCCCCGAUUCGCGCAAGAGGCCGCUGGAGACCCCGACAGAGGCCAGCAGCACCAAGCGCACCAACACCGGAGAGGAGGGCGAGUAUUUCCUGAAGGUACUCAUCCCCAGCUACGCGGCCGGUUCCAUCAUCGGCAAGGGGGGCCAGACUAUUGUCCAGCUGCAGAAGGAGACCGGAGCCACCAUCAAGCUGUCGAAAUCCAAAGACUUCUACCCAGGAACGACGGAGCGCGUGUGUCUCAUCCAGGGCACUGUGGAGGCCCUGAACGGCGUUCACAACUUCAUCGCCGACAAGGUGCGCGAGAUGCCGCAGAGCGCCCAGAAAACCGAGCCAGUCAGCAUCCUGCAGCCCCAGACCACCGUGAACCCUGACCGCGUCAAGCAGGCGAAGCUGAUAGUCCCCAACAGCACCGCGGGGCUGAUCAUCGGGAAGGGGGGAGCCACGGUCAAGGCCAUCAUGGAGCAGUCGGGGGCCUGGGUGCAGCUGUCGCAGAAACCCGAGGGCAUCAACCUGCAGGAGCGCGUGGUCACCAUCAGCGGGGAGCCGGAGCAGAACCGCAAGGCCGUGGAGAUCAUCGUGCAGAAGAUCCAGGAGGACCCGCAGAGCAGCAGCUGCCUCAACAUCAGCUACUCCAACAUCUCCGGCCCCGUGGCCAACUCCAACCCCACCGGCUCGCCCUACGCCAACUCCGCGGAGGUGCUGCCGGCGGCCGCCGCCGCCGCCGCCGCCACCGCCUCCAGCCUGCUGGGCCAGGCCAGCCUGGCUGGAGUGGGCGCCUUCCCCACCACCAUGUCCAGCUUCUCAGGGAACGACCUCCUGGCCAUCACGUCUGCCCUCAACACCCUGGCCAGCUACGGAUACAACACCAACUCCCUGGGCUUGGGGCUCAACCCAGCGGCCGCCUCCGGUGUCCUGGCCGCCGUGGCCGCCAGCGCCAACCCGGCGGCCGCGGCCGCGGCCAACCUGCUGGCAUCCUACGCCAGCGACGCUUCGACCAGCGCCGGGCACCCCGCCGGCACCCUGGGCAGCUUCACGCUGGGCUCGCUGGCCGCCGCCACGGGGGCCACCAACGGGUACCUGAGCGCCACCUCCCCCCUGGUCGCCAGCUCCCUCUUGGCCACCGAGAAGCUGGCAGAAGGGGCGAAGGACGUGGUGGAAAUCGCCGUGCCCGAGAAUCUGGUGGGCGCCAUCCUGGGAAAAGGCGGGAAGACGCUAGUGGAAUACCAGGAGCUGACGGGAGCCCGCAUUCAGAUCUCCAAAAAGGGAGAGUUCAUCCCGGGCACCAGGAACCGUAAAGUAACCAUAACCGGAUCUCCGGCCGCCACGCAGGCGGCGCAGUAUCUCAUCAGCCAGAGGAUCACGUACGAGCAAGGGGUGCGCGCCACCAACCCCCAGAAAGUGGGCUAGGGAGGAGAGCGGGAGCAGACGAGUAGGAAAAAAGGGGGCUGGGGAAGAACGCGGGACGGAAAAAAAAAAAGAAAAGGAAGAAAGUCAAAACAAAAUCGUCCAAAAAGCUUGGUUGCAUUUCAGUAUUUAAGGGAAAAGGAUGGCAAAGCGACGGCAACAAAAGAGUCACUAACGAAGGAAACGUAUCACAAAGAAACCAGGAAAAUGUGUAAUAUGUAAAUAGGGUUUUAUUACUUAAAAUCCUGAUGUUUUGGGGAUUUUUCGUUUUUUUUAUUGUUUUUUUUCCUCCAUUUUUCGGACUGUCGUGAGCGGCAUUUUAAAUCCUGGCAGGCGGCCGGGGGCGGAGACUCCGGGGUCGUCGAUCCCCUCCUCCAUUUCUCUUUAGCUUGCGGAUUUUUUUGGGGGGUGUAGUCAAAUAGUGCCCAUGGUCCCGAUCUCCCAAACCCCCCCUCUCCCCCAGCCCCCCGUCCCCCUGCCCACUAGCGGGUCCGUCGAGACAGCGAACCAGUGCUUGCCCUUGAGACGUGAGGAGAGGCCACGCCCCCUCUCUGCUCUGCCCCCUGGGUAACGAGGCCAGCAGUGGAGGCUGGGUAAUGCAGUUCUUCUGGUAUCUAAUUCUGGGAGCUGACUCAAACAGGGUCAGUGAUGCACGUAUAUCUAUCAAAAUAAUGCUCGCGAAUGCGUUUUGGUCUCAAAGGUGACCUUUUGAGUCUGGUACUGGAAAGUGAGUCACACAGUGAAGUUUCUUGUUGGCUCAGACUCCUGGACUGGGAAGACGAGCACAGAGUUUGUGGCAUUCUCUCUGCAGGGUUCGCACUAAGGUAUUAUUGUUAUGGUUAUUACUACCAUUAUAAUUAUUCUUAUCAUUUCCAUCAUCAUUAUUUAUUAAUAUGAUUUUCACUCAUAAAAAGACUAAGAAGUAUUUUAGGGUUUUUCGAAAUCUGUGAAUUCAGGUUGACAUGAAUGUAAAAAUACUAUAUUUUUUAAUUUAAUUUUGCUUUUUAUAUCUAUAUAUACAAAUGAAUUAAAUCAUAAGUCACACAGCGUAAUAUAUGUGUAAUUUAAACCCCAUAAGAACUGCACUUAGUUGCUGGCACUGAGCGUACGGUUAAGAAGGAGUCACUAAAGUGUCGGUUUGAGAUCAGACAUGAGGGGAAAUCGCAGUGUCAGAUUCUUUCCGAUGAGACACGGACAUACAGGCGUGUGUGUGUCUGUGGCACGCAGGAAGCGUUGAGCACGUUGCUAGGUCUUAUGUUUGGUGCUAUAAAGAUAUACCUGGCAUUUCUCAUUGUGACACAGAGGCAUAGCGCACAGCAAAGGUCUCUCUCCCUGUCCCUCCCUCCCAGCUCCAGCUCUCCACUCGUAACAGACUGAGCAGCAAACCAGACAAGACGGUUCUUGGGUUUCAGGUGGAGGCGGAGCUCCUCCAGCAUGGUGGGGGCAAGCAGCUGGGUUUAGGCAAUUGAUUUUCCUGCGCAUUUGAAGUCACUCCGAUUCGGCAGUUUUACGGAAAGGGACUCUUUUAAUACUUGGGGAGAAAAAACGUCACGUUUGACUGGAGGCAAUAGACAACAGCUAGAGACCAGGAGUGCAGGUGACAGGAAUUCCUUGACACUGCCAUUUUCUUUUCUGCCCCCAGAAUGCCAGUCAAUCCAUAUGAAUUCUUGCCGUUACUCCGUCAUUUUAGGGAUUGUCGUUCUAGGGAGUGUCAUUCUAUCCCUCCAACCCCCCCUCCCAACAAUACAAACCUCGAUCCAAAUUAGAGUCGAGAGCGAUGCAACAGGCAAGUUCUCUUGACUGCGUUUGUCACCGAAUCCGACGGUGCAGAUUAAUGACGUUGGCUCUUGGUGUUGAAGGAGACGUGAUGGCUGCACUCAGACUGACCUCUUAUGCCAGAUGGUUUCUUCAGCCAGUGCUGGAAAUUUGAGCCAGUUCCUCUUCCUCAUUGCCUUUCUUUACCGCCCGAAAACGCAGCCUGUCCUUCCUGGAGUUCUCCCGGUUUGGCGCUUCUGAAUCCUUAGUCUAUGGAAGCCACUGGCAAUCUGGGCUGCUUCAUGGAAGCUGAAUUGUUUUUGCACACACGUGAAAGCUCGGAGGCUUCACUAGUGUCAGCGACCAAGCUGGUUCGAGAUUUCUUGAGGGUUUUAUAACACGGGGUGCAAGAGAGGGGGUAUUCGAUGCAGUAGGAGGUGCACCGGCAAGCUCUACACUGGCGCCUCCCCACAGCGGGGCUGCCUCUGGCCUCCAGCACUCCCUCGGCCACAUCGGUGCUCAGAGCAGCAGGAAGCUGGAUGUUUAGACAAAAACCAGGGGGAAAGAUGGAGGAAGAGGACAGAAGGUAUGAAACUGCAGAGUACAGAAGUCGCGUGAGCCCAGCGCCGCUUCAUGUGACAGAGGAGACACUGAGCAAACUCACACUGCCGAAAAUCCGCGGUCUCCUCUUCGGGAAGCUCUCUCCGCACUUCGUGCGCGCCAAGCGUGUCCGUGUUUCUGGACUUCUGCCGUUCGCCUGUCCCAGAAGAGCAGUGCGGCUCUUAAGAGCUGCCGCAGUGAGGAACACGGAGCCAGAGGCUACAGCUGCUCCUCCUGGUGCUUGAUUUAAACAGACAGGUUGGGGGGACAGCCCCUCCAGGAUGGGUCGUGCUGAAAGGCUGUAAUACUUAAGUGAAGACGCCAGCGAUGCUGAUGGGUUUCCGAACAUGUGCGAGAGCAGCUGUGUGAUUACUUCACACUGGCAAACUGCAGGUUGUCUUUAGAGACUCCUCCUGUGUACCCCAUAUCCGUGCGGCACUGGGCACUGGGAUCAGACUCUCCCAGUUAGAAAACGCGCUGGGCUGUAAGUAUAGGCAGUGGGAGUUUGGUGCAAACAGACAAGUGUCUGUGUUGCAGAAGGAUCCCAGGAGGAUGGCCUGCGGAUUCGUUUGACGAGAAGAGAGCGAGUGGGUUUACAAGUGAACCAAACGUAUCAAGAAGUCCUACAGGCCGUCACACACCCUUACCAGUUAGCUGCUUCAAAGCAAUCAGAAUCAUGGCCAUCCAGACAUCAUGAGGAACAACGGUUGAUCCACAUGCUGCUUGUAAGUCCAUGUCACUUAUCUGUUUUAUUUUUCCCCAUUUCCGUCUUAAAAGCGGAUAUGCCCUCAUUCCCUGGCACUGAUCUUGGAGUCAAGCGCAGGGGGCGUUUCUAAUCAGCUCCCACACAAGAGGGAUUAGCAUCGGAGAAAGGCGAACUCACAGAAAACGUUCCAUCUGGGGUGAGAGUGGGGGAAAAGUGUGCUCAUUUUCUUUGCACUUUUAUGCAGAAUUCCAGCUGUAGAAACCUCAUGAUGAUCUCUUAUUCUGCCGACAGCCCCAGCACCUGGGAGCCACAACGUCACUCCUUUGGGCACACUGAGAUGGACACUUGUUAUUUCCUACAGCAGCUCUGGUUCCGGUUGUUGAACCUGUAACACAGGUAACAACCCUCAGGCAAGAAUGCCUAAUUGUCAUUGGACAUAGAAUGCAAGACAUAUCUAAUAUCCUGUGAAAUAAGCAGGUCUUGAGUAGGUAAUCGUGGAGUUCUGCCCUCUGCUUUUUGGAUAUUGUGGGAAAGUGUAUCAGAAACGUGCUUAUACAUUUUUAAAAAACCUUAGGAUGGAAGUCCACUUGACCGUUACCCAUGAAGAAGGACAGUGACCCAAUUCACUUCAGUUCAGGAUGCACCGGCUUGCCCAUGAGUGAUCUGCUGUCGAGCUGUAGAGAGAGACGAGCCCCUAGGCCACAGACAUCUCCAGGAGCAGAGUUGAAACUAGAAAUUGAAAUGGGGGAACAACAGAUUAUUUAAGGGAACCUAGUAGUGAAGACUGGACUAAGUUGUUCAAAACAGUCUCCGCACUGUCUCAGCGCCAGCAAAUUGCUGGUAUUCACUGUAUGGUAAGGAGACUUCUUUAUCUGCAUUCAAACCCAUCCACCCCCCACCCCCGCUCAACCCCACUGCCACCUCAUUCUUAACACACGUCAAACCCCAACCUGUGUCUCCUUCCUGUCCCCGUCACUGGUGCGCAUGGGCUGACAGGGAAGAUAGUCCGGGAGGAAUGUGGAGAAACCAGGGAUUGUAUAUAUAUAUAAAGAAAUCUGAACCCCACCUUGGCCUGUGUAAACGCCCCCAGAUAACAACACCGUGUCAGACACUGUGUCUCCACUGUGACACGGCGUUGUGCUACAGCUUGCUAAUUCAGCAGCUCCAGAUAAAACUGUGGCUUAGCCAAUGUCCCUUACUGUACCAGACACACUCGGCGCACAAGUGCUCCAGGAGAUUCUAGGCCAUCAGAGUAUCAAGAUACAGGCGUCCUCGAUCGCAUUUUAGCCACCUUGUAGAAACCUGCGUGUUUCCGAUGGUGAGAGGAGAUCUGUUUCAUAACGCCUCCUAUCCCCACAGGUUCCCACAAUCCUGCCUCCCCCUGGAAAAGUGCUUCCUGACCACGUCAGUGUCCAUCCACGCAGCUUGCAGAAGAGCUGAGCAGCGCUAAAACGUUUAGGCUGCACUUAAAGAAUAUCCCGACAUUUUAUAAAAAUAGUGCACUGUGAGAAUUAAGGCUUUACGGUGGAGAAAAGACUCUAAAAAUGGAACAACUAACAGACUGCAGCACUUUUGAGUGAGUUUAGAAAAAUGACACCAUGUUCCGUACCCUUUGACCUGGCCAAAAAAACCUGCGGAAUUCUAGCUGGCAUUAGGAAAGGGCAUCAUUAGCAUUGCCCCCUAAUGGGAAAUUCACUUGUACAUUUACCUCAAAAUCCUGUUACAGCUCCCUUCCAAAUAAAAAUUAAAAUAAGAAGCGCGUGACACAGUGCCGCAGGAGUCUCAGCUGUGCGAGGACAGACAGCUGGAUUCGAGGCUGUUCUUCAGCAGGAAGGCCAACGGAGUCCAAGCCUGUGCUGUGAGAGCAGUAAUCUGAACAGGGAGAGAGAUGACAAGGUGCCGUACAACGCCAACCAGAGAAAAGACCUUUUUAUUAUUCUUCUUCCAUUGCAACUGGAAUAUAUAUAUAUAUUGUAAUACAAAAUGCAAUAGGAUCUCCAUUUCACUUUUGAGUUUCUUUUGGAAUUUAGGGGGAAAAUGUGAAACAUUGAGGAAGCAAUAUAGUAAGCAUGUAGUACUGUCUCGUCCUUUAAUUCUACCUGUUUUAAGAACGUGUAGAUUUAGUCAGAUAUUGAAUAGGUUUACAUACUUAACUAUUUUCUAAGUUAUAAAAAUGCUGCUAUGUACUAAGCGAUCUAUAAAGAAACAUAUCGGACUUGCUGACUAGCAGGAUGCUCUAGUUUCAAGAAAGCAAAUGAGGUGUAAGAUAUAUUAUAAAUACUGAAAAAGAUAAUAAUGACAGUAAUAAUAAAAUUACUAAAUAAACCUGUGCCAAAAUAGAGAAACGGUAAACGCACCGGAAGGAAUCAAGAAACGAAUAUUUUUUAAAAAAUAACAAAUGGAAAAAUGUGAAAAAGUGCCAAACACACAUUUAUUAUUUAAGUAGACUGUCCUAGAGACACCUUUGGUUAAAAAAAAACGAUGACAAAAAACGCAAAGCUUUGCAAACAGUCGUCUACCGCCCUGUAAUGACGAAUCGGAGCGCAGCUGGGAGAAAUCACUAACAACCGAGGGACUCUCCAGAGCGUGUCCUGUGCCGGGUUAGCGGAUCACUCUUAUUCCAAACCUCUUGUUAGGUAGGGUAGCAUGUUUAGAGUUGAACAAGUCAUUAGCGUUCUUAAGGCAGCCUUUUAUAGUUGAGAAAACGUAUUUUGUGGAGCUUAGAACUUCUCUUAUUUGCACGUCUAUGUUGCAUGAUAUCGAAGUGAAAGUGUGGACAAAAGAAAACAAAAAACAACAAAAAACGAGGAAUUUGGUGUAUCGUUAUUUUUGAAGACAUAUCUUUGCAUGACUCAGUAGAGCACCUUUCACAAAUGUUUUUAAUUUGACUUUUUUCCCAUAUCCCAUAUUUGUGAUGUUGUUUUCUUUCAGACCAAACUUGCUGGGGCCGCUGCCCAUCCUUUAAGCCUGACCGAACAAACACGUUAAGAAAACCCCCAGAAAAGUCCGCUUUCGUUCUCUCUCGGAUCAGCUGCGGACAGUUAACGCGGUCUGGGGUUUUUAAGCGAUGUUGGAGGUCGUCCUAGAUCAUUUCUGAACGAGUAACCGGAACCCCUUGGGGUUGGCGUUUUGAGGAGGACGUUAGCUGCUUGUUAGACUGCGGUUGUAAUCCAUGUGAGGUGUCCGCCAUCCCUGAACGACGCAAAACACGACCAGGUUAGAGAGGGGCUUUAUCGAGUGUGGCGUGAGGGCCAGCAAAGGCGCAGAAUCCGUCGCGUAAAUGUACUCGCUGUAGCGCACGCUUGCAAGGAAACGUUUUAAACCCCACAUCUUAAAACCACCGUCUGUCUUUGUCUUUUAAACAUCAUUUCAGAGGUGGAGUGUUACGUGUUCUCUUCCAACAGCUCGCAUCGCGUAGGUUUAGUCGGGUCUUGUGACACUGAGACACGGGUCUGUUUUAUCAUCACAGGGGCAUUGCGAACAAACCCCAUCCUCUCUUCGGGAACAGGCGCGCUUUACAGCAGAGUCAACUGCGAUGGCCGGGGCGGAAAGCCUUUGUCUUCACGGUUUUACGUGGUUUCUACACUUCGCUCUUCGCCCCGAUUGUCUCUCAGGGUCUUUCAGGGAUGUUUCAAACGGAUGGGUGCAAAUUUCGUUGAACCGCUUCCCUUAGACGUCUUUUCAUCCCUCGGCUGGUUUACACGCGCUGACACGCGUGGGCUCCUCGAAGGAGGUGGAGCAGAUUGCAAUCACUGCAAAGGCUAAACACACCCACUCCCGCGCCAGGACUGGAAUCAAACCAUACUCCUGUGUUGUGGGGGUUUGCACACAUCACUGAACACACCCUGACGAGCGAGAAAGGGGUUUUCCUGUAAGAAGCUGACUAUGGCCAGUCGGCAGGGAGAAGGGUUUGGAGUUCAUCGCAUGACAGGAAGUGGGCUGCGCUGCCCCUGCACGGACAUGCUACCCAGCAAAGAGCACAGAGUGGAGGGUAGAACUGCAGUUGCUAGUUAGCUAGGAGCUCAUUUGCUGAGUAGGGUGUUCCUUUUGUGAAACUGUGCAACCGCAGUGAUAGACCAGUUUCUGUUUCAAGCAAUAAAGGGAAACAAGUGCCAAAACAGGGGGCGAGCGGAGCCAGUCGCCCCUGUCUCGCACCUGCGCCCGCGGGCUCGCUGGGGGGUGGACACGAGCCCGCAGCGCCCCCCACACGCGGGCCGGGGCGGGAACGGGCUUGUGUUGUGUUGUGUUGGCUGUGUGGUCAGUUUCGGACAGCGGGAGGUGAGGUUGGGGUGGGGGGACGUCUCCGUAGCCCAGAGGGAAGGGGGGGGCAGCUCGGCGCCGGUCAGGUCACCGCCUGGGCGGCGGCUGUGUCCUCCAUCCGAGCGCUCUGUUCACCCCCACCCUGCCGUCCGCCUCGCGUCCUCGGAGUCGAGGCUCGUGCGGCAGCUUGCGUCCAUUAAAAGCACCAGCAACGUCAGACUGCAUCUGUCAUGUCACUAUUUAUUUUCUUGUUUUUGUUACGACUCUUUCUAACCUAGACCAGUGUAACAAAAUGCCAUUCAUAUGUACCCUGUUUACUCUUCCUCUUCCACUGCCCCCACUAUCAACCACUUCCUGCCACCUCCUUCCUGUUUUUCCUGAGUGCCAAACAAAAAAGCAACAGCAGUACCAUUCCAGACUUUUUUGAGUUUUCUUGUCUGUUGGACAUUCAUCGGAUGCACACGUGAGGCCAGCAUGUUCCUCCAUAACAUGAUGUUUAAUCAUGACGCCUUGACAUUAUCAGAAACAAAAGCAGACUUGGAUUAACACGGUAAAGGCUGGCUACCUCUCUCAGACUGCUUUUCCUAGCUCUCUCUCUCAUCUCUUCAACCUUCCUGGACAUCACUGAUUGUGUGCUAGAGUGUUUUUGGGGCGCCUGUCACUCUCCACUCAGAGUCUCUCCAUUUUAUCUCGAUGGGAAAUCUCAUAUUCAGACAUUAAAAAAAAAAAUUAAAAAGGUGUGAGGAGUUUAGAACGCCAGCUGGGCAGCCAUCUUUUUCAACUGUCUUCUGAACUUUGAACUUUUCACCCCCUCAUGAACUUUGACCUUCUUCCUCCCUUCUGUGUUCAUCAACCCUGUUUGGAUUUAAAAAUCUCCAUUCCAUCUCCAAGCUUCUUUGAGACUGUGCAAUUUUGUUGUUUUUUUUUAUUAGUUGAGUUUUGGAUUGGAUUUAUUUUUUGUUGUUUUGUUUCUCGCGCCAUUGGGAUAAGACAGUUCUCGGAAAGAGAAAAAACAAACAAAACAAACAAAAAUGAUGUUUUUUCCACUCCUUCAUAUUUCUCUCAUUGUAAAUAUAGAUUUUUUUUCCAGUUUUGUUGAACUGUAAAAGCAACACCCAUUUUUGUGUUCAACAGAAUGGGGCUGGCAGCACAAAAACCGCUUUUGUGGAAUUAAGAAACCCUGACAUGUCCUCAGCAGGCAGUUUGUUCCAAAAGGUUUUCUGUUCUUGGGGUAAUGGCACAGAAAUUCAGAGGAGGUAAUGUGUUUAUGUACACUCUGUUCUUCUUAGAGUGUGAAUUGAAAAUGCAAGUAGGGUUUCCAAACAGCAUUUCCUGGCCUAUCUAUUGUAAACGACUGCCAAAACUGCAAUAUCAUGCCCCUGGUAUGCAGAUAUUCUCAAAAAGCCAAGCACAGAUAUGCAAAACUGCAGCCCCUCUCCCCACGUGGGAGUGUGACUCCCAGAAUCCCCAGCAGGGCACAGCUAGUCGAGUGUAAUCCGCCUAGAAUCCCCAGAAUUCCCAAGCCCUAGGAAUCUCGCCCGGCAGACUCGGCACUUAGCUCUCGCUGAGUCCCUGCACAGCGUGGUUCCCUCUCCAUUGACAAGCCGAGAGGAGAAAAUGGAAAAAAUGGCGGAUUCGAGGUAGACGGGAUUGUUCAGUAAGUCCCCGAAAAAAAAACGAGGGACAGAACGGAAGUUGAGAUCAUGUUUGCUUCCGGGACAAUCCCAGUUAUUAGUCCACCCAAUCCUUGCCUGGAAUUCCGAGGGGUAUUUGCAGAUAUAGUACUCACCCUGACAAAGUACGCAUAUACAGUAUAAGGUUAAAUAGAUUUCAGAAAGCAAAAAAGAUAGCACCCACCUGUUCUAGAAGUGCCAAAUGCUGAAUUGCACACAAGACUGAUGCCAGUCUUGGCCAGCUGCAGAACCGCAGCCAGGAGAGCUGCUGUCUGUGUACAGGAAGGAGCUGCAAGCUGUCGGAGGAGCACUGCAUUUCACAAAUGACUUUUUAUGCUGCUGGGUCUCAUUUUCGUGUGGUCUCUUCACUGAAGCUAUUUAUUUUUAACAUAUUAUAUUACUAUUAAUAAAACAACAACAACCGCCACAAAAAAAGGGACGACUGGAAAGGUGAAUUAUUGUUUCUAUUUUUGGUUUUGUUGUUAUUUUGAGAUUCUUUUUGGAACACCAUUCGUAAAACUUGACUUAAAGAGUAAUGAGUAUUUAAAUGUUACUGUAGCAUUGUGUUUGUAAAAAAAAAAGAAAAGAAAAAAAGUAAGUUGUGUUUUUUGACCUGUGGAUUUACCAGUGAAGUCGGCAUUUUAGUACUAAUAUAUAUUAAAUCGUUUUUUUAAUUAUUAUUUCCGGCAACAACAGCAGCAACAACAAAAAAAAAAGUCAUUAUAAAUGUUCAUUUUAGCGUCACCUGUCUUCUGUUGUCUUUUUCUCCACUCUCACAACACUCAGCCUCAUCCAAGUAACACAUCGCACGUUUGUGCCUGACACCAGGGGUCUGAUGUGUGUGUCUGUGUGCGUGUGUGAGUGCGCUGUGUGUGUGUGCGUGUGAGUGCGCUGUGUGUGUGGACAGUCCUCACUCCCUGGCCACGAUUGACUGGUCUGAGCAUCUCUGUAGCCAUGACUAGCCAAGCUUGAGCCGACAUGUUUAAGACGUUGUUGUGGAAUGUCCUCGCAUCUUUCCGGGGAAACCCUAUCGUCUGAUGUCUCCAUGUCUGUGGAAUCAGCCCCAGCCUUGCGUUGACUUUUCCAAGGAGGACUGGAGAAUUCAGCCCUUGUGGGUUGGCGGAUUUUGGACCGGCCAGCCAGUACUCAGGCUAUGGCCAGGGACUUGUGGACGAGUUUGUGUGUGCGUGUGUGUGUUUGUGUGCAGAUGUGGUGCAGUGUGUCUUCAGUCAGUGUUCACCAAAGCUAAGAAGUGAGGGCUCCAUUUUCAAAUGGAACCUACUGACGUUAGCGAAGACCAUUGUUCAGUUUGAGUUCGGAUUACCCUCCAUAAACCCACUUUCUCACAGCCACCUCUCCCUCCUCUCCCUUGCGCCAUGUUCUGUAUUCCAUUGACUACAUGAUGACAUACUACUUUAGAAGCCACACAUCAGCACAGUGUCUCCAUAACCCCGAGGAGUCAGUCCCGUUAGUCCAGUCUGCUUUCCCAUGAAGCACAACCAUCUCCUUCCUCUCCUUCACUUGAAUCCUGCCACUGCACAAGGAAGUAAGGACGGGGUCAAUAUCCAGACUACUGUAUUUUACUGUGUACUGGGUUCAAGUCCCAAAGGUUCAUUUGCUAGAGUCCCAAUUCAUUCUGAAAGUUUCUUAGGCAGCAGGAAAGAACCGGAGAAAGCAAAAAUGCAGCCUAAGAUGGCACCACCUUAUGAGAAAUGAGAAAAACAGUCAAUGAGAAGAUGACAAGAGUAGUAUAAAACUCACAUGGGUUUGCUUUCUUCAUUUAAAUAAUACAGAAAACUAAACAUUAUCAGCAGACCUGUGGAAAAAGGAGACAUUUCUGACCUUUCUUUACGAACCAUUUCACAGGAAACAAGUCAAGGAAAUGCCUCCUGAUUUUUAGCGUGUAACCAUAGUGAUGUUGAAAAGGUGCAUCUCGGGACAUCUCAAGAAAAAGUCGAGGCUUGAGAGAUAGCCUAAUGUUUGUCUCAGAUGCCCGCGUUUUUCCAGCAAAAAAUCAUGUGGAUCUCUAUUUCCUGAGGAAAAAUGAUCUGGCAGCAUGACUGCCUUAGUGACCCUGGCAGUUUGAUCUUAUUAGAAAGUCAUGAAAUCCUUAGCUAAUGCUUGUACACCGAGGUGUGAUUCUCCAGUUUAUUUUCAAGUACAGCUUAAAUAAGAGGGGAACAAAAUCAGGCGAAUAUGAGAGUUAGCAUUUGCCUCAGACCAACUACAAAAACAGGAUUUGAGAUUAUGGAAUUGGCACAUACAGUAUAGUCCCUGCACACUGACUUGCUGAAAUGGCAGGACCCCCCAGACAGCUCGAACAGGGAGCUGAAUGUGGUCCACGAGGUUCUGCAAUAGAGAUAGCCCAGUCCCUUCCCCUGUGGUUCCCAUAACAGCAGUGUGGCCUUGAGCUGUAGUUCCCACAGGUUUCGUUAGGACUGAGAACUGGGAACUGGACGUGGACAACCCACCAGGGAGAGUCUGUUCUUGUGGGCCGAUAGUGAUUAAUAAGCUUUCCUCGCAUUGCGGCCAAUGAGUGAGGAUACUGCCUAAUGUUUCUGUUCAUACAGGAAAGGAGCCUAUGAGACUAACCACUAGGCACAGGUAGUUCAGUUACUGCAAGAUCAGCUUUUAAAUAACAUGAAACCAUAAGGCAGUAUAUGCACAUAAUUCAAGUAUUAACUCAAAUGCCCAAAACCAAAGCACUCUCUGUAAUCAGGGUCUCUUAAGGUAAGUUGCACACUACAUUGCUAACUAAAAAGGUGCUGCAGGUUACAAUUUGUAGCAGCUUUUAAAUCCAUUAAUAAACUUGUGAAAACAAAGUGCAUCAUAACGGUUACUGUGUUGUACUUUCUUGAAUGCUUGUAACCUCCACAGUAAGCAUGACAAGCAGGGCAGUUCUGUUCCUAAUGCACAAGAAAUGUCAUUGCAUCGCCCUGCCUGAGUCAUUUAUAACACCAAAAGAUAUCAUGCUCUUUCUCCAUACUGUUACUCACUGACCAUUCAUCUAGCUGCUGUUUUGUCCAAGAAAGACUAUUGAAAAGGUCCUUAUUCAUUUGGUCCCGCCUGUCAACGACCUGCGACAACUUUUACAUUUUGAUCUCUUAUUGAAUAUCUGUUAAGCACCCUCUAAACCUAGCAAGGCGUGCAACACAAAAUACAGGGCUGGCACUGUAGAAAAUGCAAACACAUACAUUUACGUUUUAAAAAAUUUUCUGUCAGCAGUUUGAGCAAAUGAGGCCUGCAGGAGCCAGACAUCAUUUUACAGUUGCUGGAAGAUUUGGUGGGGUGUAGCAGAGAAUUCUCUCCAACUCUUUCUGUCACUCUGUUGGUCAGUUCAAGAAAGUUUUGCGCCACACCUGGGAAAUACAGGAAAAGGCUGGAAGCAAGGGUGUGCAAUGCCCCCCCCCCCAGCCCCCCAGCAUGAACACGAUCAAUCUCUUAAUGUAAAUUUCAUGUUCACACACUCACGCGGUGCGCACCAGCUCACCCAAAGCGGUUCAGAAAAGCGUGUCUGGGAGAGACGACAGCCCCCAAAUUCACUCCCCCCCCCUCUGUACAAAUGCGGUUCAGCAUUGUUUCCUUUAAUACCCCUCAUCUCUGCCCCCCUGGACUGCUCCACAUCAGUGGAGUGGCAGUCAGACCUCCUCCUCAUCCUUCAGCCUGGGGGCACGGAGCUCACGUCAAUACUGUAAUCCCUCUGCAGACCUGCAUUGAUGCAUGAAGCUGUGGGUACCGUCUGCCCACAGACUGAGCCAGUUCACCUCCCACGUCUUACAUCUCCAUAUCAGACGUGUUACACACCAGCCCAGCCCAUCCCAGCUGACGUUUGCUCUCGUUGUUUGCACAGGCCGUUUGCAGUAAAAUUGUGACUCGUAAAUCUUUAGUCCACAAUUAGCUUGGCAAAAACAACUGUGCAAAAUCGUACCGUCCAUUCUCAGACCCGGGUUCGCUACAAUUCAGCCUCAGACACUCAGAAACAGAGGGGAGCUCCCGGCCAGGGAGUCUGAGUGAGUGUGUGUGUCAGAGAGGGCCAAAUAGCUCUUUUGUAAGAUGCAGGUGCAGGCAGAACAGAACACGUUUUUGUUUCCACGCAAGUGCGUGUGAGGGGAGUGGAGGGGAGGCAAAAUGCUUUGAAAUGCAAAGGAGGUAAUUUUUUUAACAAAAAGGGAAUUACGUGUCUAGAAGCUGAAAUGCUAAAUAAGCCUCUAUUUUAAAAAAAAAGAUAACCUCAUAAUCUUGAAAAGUCCCCUCAUUCUUUUUUGUUUUUGUUGAAUUCUUGGAAUAAGACAGACAUGGACCAAGAAAAAAAAAAGAAAUAAUGAGCAGAGCUGCUCAGUAUAUACGGAGGCAGAAGACGUUCUCAUUUUUGUCACUGCUGUAACGAUGUACAAAGCCUGCAGUAUUCUGGGGACGCUUGCAUUUUAAUUUACCGGAUCUCCUGUGCUGACUGGGAACACGAGCCAGCCCUCUCCAUCCUUUUAUUUCUUCUCCUCAAUCAAAGCCUGAACUGACCAGAACUGCACUCUGUGCAUUAAUGUCCAGUCAGCUCAUGGAGGAAUCCCAGGAGUACUGUGGUCAUUAACAAUUAGAAUUACCUGCUCUUAGGAAGUGCUGCUAAUUAAAAUGCGGCGCAGCAUUGAUUGUUAAUAAUGGAGUACCGAUGGAGUAACUGUUACUUAAGCUAAUUUUCGGAGUGGGCAAUUUUAUGAAGAAACGCUUUCGAUCCUCAGAGGAGGAAAGAGGAGAAAACCACCCGAGUGAAACGCUUGGCCAGGCAGGAGAGAACCUGACCUUCCUUCACUUACCCUCCAGGCGCUCUGUCAAAACUGUGGAAACCCUUGUAGUGGAGCUGCAAAGUCACGGCAUUCUUCUAAUUGCACACCUUUUCCCAGAAGCAAGGAGUCUGCAGACUAAUUUAUUUUCCUUCCACCCUGCAUGAGGUUUAUCCCUGAAUCUUUCGGAGCUGCAGGUAUCGCCAGCUGUUCUCCUCAGAGCUCUGUCUCCCUUCGUGGAGGACACAGAGGGGCUAGGCCUGGGUGACCUUCCUCUGCCCUCACAAGCUGGAGUGGUAGAGUCUCUUGCGCCUGUCCUGCUGUGGCGAUCUGUUGUGGUUUUCUGAAGUCUGUGGUCUUGCUGACAGAAGGAGAGAGAGACAGGAGCCCAGACCCCCACGAGACCCCGGAGUGGGCUGGCGAGGAGCUGAUUUACAAGUCUGCUCAGACAAAGCCUGCUCCUGUAUCUGUUUCCCAAAGUCGUGGCAAGAAAAUAAAUCUCAGGUACAUUCAACACCGACGAAGUGUGCAGGGUUACUGACCGCUGGUGCCGAAGUGUGCCCUGAAAGUCAUUCCUCCUUACGGGUUUACAACCCGUCAGUCCUCAGAACCCAGGACAUAAACAACCGCUGAUUAGAACACUUCUCAAUGAGCUAAAUCUUGGACAGGUCUUCUGCCAAACCCCGACCUGAAUUAGCAUCAUCUUCCAGCGAUCACACUUGAAGAAACCCAGCCCUGGUCAAAGGAUCUGCUAUUCCCCGAGCUCCUCGCGUUUAUAGGUGCUAGAUGCUCGGCUGAAGCCCUUGUCCUCAGCAGUUUGCAGACACGAGGGAGGGCGCAGACUGUGCAGAUUCACUCCCGACAGGAACCCCCUCUUAUUGCUCACCUGAAGGUGCAGAAGCAGGUGACUCUGAGUCAGGGGCAGAGCUGGGCUUCGAACCAGGAAAUCCCAGUAAAAGGCCCUGCACCUUAACCACAGCAACACUGCGUCUCCGUGGUGACAGAUACAGGGGUGCUCAUAACUGUACCCCAAUCUCACCAGCCCACCCUUUUCUUGUGCAAGCCACUAUUGGGGUUUCUUGCCUCACAUUGGAGAAAAGAGCAGAUGUUUUCUGUCAAUCCCAGGGGUGGUUCCACACAUCAUCAGGCUUCUUCUCCCUCAUGGCCACACAGUGACACAGAUCUGAGGCAGGGGACAUCGCGGUACUCAUUUUGAUUUCACACAACACGCUGUUAAAUGGGUUAAAAAAUACUCACGAGUGGCCGAGCCGACUGUUAUUAUUUUAAUUGAAGUGGAAGUUGGUGGAUGGGGAAAAAAAAGAGUUUAACAAAGUAGCUCUGGGUUCUAUAGCUAAGUACAGAUCUAUAACUCACAAUAGAGGAUAAUACAAUGUGAAGAUCAUGUUUAUAAAUACAACAUUUUCAGCGCCAUUCAGAGCUAUGUUCACCCCAUGUUCCAUCUGAACUCAUUUCGAGGUUCAUACCAGGUUUUAGGUAAUUUUCUGCUUUCUCUAGCACUCUUUCUUAUGGCUCUUAGGAUGAAUUGAUAAAAAUAACUCAAACGUGUAAGAACUGCGUGUAAAUAGCUGUUUGCCAAAUUAAAUGAUCUGAAUUAUUUAUUGACAAAACAAAUGGACAAGCCAAACAGAAGCUAGAACACGUACAGCUGCAGGAGGCUGACUGUAACGCCCUCUGAGGGCAAGGGUAAGAGCUGAGUCUGUCGUGUUCAAGCAACAGGGAGGGGAAUUGUAAAUGACAGGGAAGUGUCCUACAGCAAGUCUGGUACGUUCUGCAAGAAGAUUUAACAAAAGUAGAUGCAUGGUAAAACCACGGCAAGAUUAUAGCAAAUGCCGCGUAUUUCAAGAGAUCUGCACAGACAUACAGCGAUUGAGGUUAGCAGCCAUUCACAGUAAACUCCUUGGAAACAGAAACAGCAACCACUCCUGGACAGGCCAAGAGGGAGGAACAAGUCCAUCUAGGCAAAGCUCUGUGAAGCUUUACACGAAGGGAGGUGGGUGUCGGGAGCAAACGGCCCAGCCGCGUUGCUGAAGCUGAUUUCAACAGAUCUUUCAAUACAUGUUCCGGCUGAUCCAUCCUCAGAACACCAGGAACCAAGUAAGAUGGGUUAAAUGGCUGCCUGCAGUUUCUCUUCCUAUCCUCUUCUGACAAGAAGGGUCUCAGUGCACAUGCUGUUCAUUAAGUUAAGACCAUGAUUCAGUAAAUAAGAGCUGGAAUUAAUCUCCAGAGCCCGGGCUGCAGCUCACUCUUCCGUUCUUAUGGAUGGCUGACAGAAGCCUUUUUUAUGACACAAGUAUUGUUUGAAAUACUUUUCACAACCUGUUCCCACCAGUUGUGUGGGAGGGCGGUGACGUCUCUGCGUUUUGAACAAACCAGAUGAAAAGAUCUGAACUACUUCUUCAGCAUUGCGCUGUGUGUCACCCCCUCCCCAGCCUACACUCCCCAGCCCAGACACCUGACUGGAUUGCCCUUCAUUAAAGACGUGUCAAGGGCACCCAAACAACUCUCCCGCAUUGCUGCAAAGCGAGCAGGACGGGUCGGCCCAGCUGGCGUUUCGGCACCGAGCUGGACAGGAUGGCUUGUGUGCCUCGGCCGGAGCCGCCACCUCUGGGCUAGGGGGCAGCACAGGAGCGGUCAGACUCGUCUCUCGGACAGGCCUCUGUCUCAAGAGUCUCUACUGACCACAUCCAGCAAGCUGGGCUCCUGUGUUUCAGAGCCUCUUCUCUCCUUGCAGUACAAUUUACAAGCAAAGGUCUAAUCGACCCCCCCCCAGCCCCACAAAACCACCCUUCAGGCGAUUCUUCCAAAUCUGCACGUGUCAUACCAGUCAGUUAUUCAUUCAUUGUUUUAUUUUCUGGCUUACAUACAAUAAGUCCAGAUACAUUUUUUUGUAAAAUAAGGUUUUUGUACUUCAAGGUCAUUAUAGAUGAACUAGUGAGUGGCACUGGAAUGUGAGAGAUUGUAAUCUGAACAUUUUCAACAGAAAUGUACAUUUCUUUUGGCAAAACUGUAAAAACUGUUUUUGUUCUUCUUUUAGACCAUGCAUACAGUGGAAUGAAUGUUUCAGGGUAUAAAAUGUACCCUUAUCUGUACAACUAUAAAUAACGUGUAAAUAUAAACUGCAAAGCGAGGACUAGGUUUUUAAAAGCACUGUACAGUUUACAGUGAUAUCUUUAUCAAUUUUAUGGUAUACAAAAUGUGUUUCUGCAACUUUGCAGGUGAUGUUUUAUUUUCGUUCAACAGACCAUGCUUUAAUAAACUGAUUUUCAAAAAUU